AUGAAUAGUGAAGAAGAGUUUUAUGAUGCCGUUACGGGCUUUGAUUCUGACAAUUCUUCGGGAGACUUUUCAGAAGCAAACCAUAAAGUUGCAGAAAUGCUUGAUUUAGAGCCACACCAAAGCAACAGGAGUGGAAAGCACAAUGGAGAGACAGAGAUACAAGAGAAUGGAAUUAAGAGACACAGGACAUCAUUACCUGCCCCAAUGUUUUCCAGAAGUGAUUUUAGUGUGUGGAGCAUAUUAAAAAAAUGCAUUGGACUGGAGCUGUCUAAGAUUACAAUGCCUAUUGUCUUCAAUGAGCCAUUGAGUUUCCUUCAACGGAUAACAGAAUAUAUGGAACAUAUAUACCUCAUUAAUAAGGCUUGUAGUCAGACAGACCCCUUGGAAAGAAUGCAGGCUGUAGCUGCUUUUGCAGUUUCUGCUGUAGCUUCUCAGUGGGAGAGAACUGGCAAACCGUUUAACCCGCUGUUAGGAGAAACCUAUGAAUUAACCAGGGAGGAUUUAGGAUUCAGGUUUAUAUCUGAGCAAGUCAGCCACCACCCACCCAUUAGUGCAUUUUAUUCGGAAGGCCUCAAUAAGGACUUUAUUUUUCAUGGCUCAAUCUAUCCCAAACUAAAGUUCUGGGGAAAGAGUAUAGAAGCAGAGCCUCGGGGGACAAUUACCUUGGAGCUUCUGAAACAUAAUGAAGCUUACACAUGGACAAAUCCAACCUGUUGUGUACAUAAUGUAAUUAUUGGUAAACUGUGGUUAGAGCAAUAUGGAACAGUAGAAAUUGUAAAUCACAGUACUGGAGAUAAAUGUGUUCUUAAUUUUAAACCAUGUGGACUGUUUGGAAAAGAGCUUCACAGAGUAGAGGGCCACAUUCAGGACAAAAACAGGAAGAAGCUGUGUGUGAUCUAUGGCAAAUGGACAGAAUGUUUGUGGUGCACUGAUCCCACCACAUAUGAGACUUACAAAAAGAAUGAAAGGAGAGGUGGUGAGCAAAAGAAAUCAAAGCAGAGUGAAGAUGUUAUUAAAUCUGAAAAUGAAGAAGCUGAUGAUAUGCCAGAGGUUCAAGACACAGUGCAGUUCAUACCAGGCAGUAAAUUGCUUUGGAGAAUAAAUUGUAGGCCACCAAACUCAUCACAGAUGUACAAUUUCACCAGCUUUGCUGUGAGUCUGAACGAGCUAGAAAAGGGCAUGGAAGCAAUAUUAGCUCCCACUGACUGUCGGCUACGUCCAGAUAUCAGAAAUAUGGAGAAUGGAAACAUGGAUGUGGCUAGCAAAGAAAAGGAGAGACUAGAAGAGAAACAGAGAGCGGCUCGCAAGGAGCGUGCAAGAGACGAAGUGGAGUGGCACACACGAUGGUUUCAUCAAGGCACUAACCCCUACACUGGGACUUCAGAUUGGCUGUACUCAGGUGGCUAUUUUGAUAGAGAUUUCUCAGACUGUCCUGACAUAUACUGAAUUUAUUCUACCAAUUCUCAUCUCACCUGGACAUCUAGUUACUAGAUUUCAU